CCUCGUCCAGUUUAUCUCAUCCUGUAACUCUUGUUGUCCCUCAGUCAGCUAACAGUGCACCUAAUGUAGAGAAUGCAGAGAGGUUAGUUUCUUCUUUGUUGGUGUUGUGGCUAUGGAAGGACGGUGCACUGUUGAUACUUGGGCAGAGUUUGGCUCUUCUGGAACAUCAUGCACACAGAAGGUGAAGUUUGGUGUUGGGACAGAAGUGUUCCUCUGCAUUGGCAGCAACGAGGUCUAUGUCUUCAGUAGUCAAGAGAGAAAACUCACGGUUGUAAUUCAGUUUCCUGGCCCUGUGAGUGACCUGGCCGAGAGUCAUGAUAAGCAGCUCCUCUUUGUGGCCUGUAGGACCGGAGUUUACUGUGUCACUUUACAGUCUCUGCUAUCCAGAGCUCAAAGCUCCCCAGCUGACGCGUCCUCCAGUCCAGCCGAGCUGAAAAUCUCCGCUGAGUUUCUGGUUGUUCCAGAAGAGGGAGUGUUGUCGCUGCUCCUCGUCGGCCCUGUGCUCCUGACUCUUUCCCAGAGAGAUGCAUCCUGGAAGUUGACUCUGUACAACUCUCCAAAACAGUCAGCGUGCAGCAACUGUGAGAUGCUCACUUCAUUUAGUCUGCCGUUGGUCGCGUGUGUUGUACACCGUGACACUGACGUAAAGACGGGAUGGAGAGGGAGGCCUGUGCUGAUUUGUGUGCUUUCUAGCGAUACAACACCACCAUCUUCCUCCUCCACUUCACUGUUAACUGACGGCCACUUCCGUCUGGAGCCGGUCCUCUUCAAACUUCUGUUUGGGAUCGACGCAGCCCUCGCCAAAUCACCGGUUAUCCUUUGUGGCCUGCCAGAUGGGCGCCUGUGUUUCCUCCCUCUGCGUCUCCCAGGAUCACGGCUCCGAGUCCUUCACAGCCUGGAGCAGCCUGUCGUAUUCGUCGGAGCAUCUGUUGUCACAGAAACGGGUCCGGGACAUGCGCAGUGUUUGGUGGCAGUGGGUGAACUGGGCAGAGUGGUGCUGAUCAAAACAGAAAAGGGAGGGCCAGAGGGAGCGGGCAACAUAGCUGCUUUUAUUGAGAGGUGUGUGCCGGGGCCUGUGAUGUGUGGCUGUGUGGAUAAAAACUGUCUUUACUACAGCACUGGGUCAGACCUGCUGGUGCUGGAUCUAGAGGGAUCAGCUGGGAGAGAAGGCCAAGAAAGGGAUGUGGAGACAUCCAGGAACACGGAGUGUGCCCUCCAAAGCCCCACCAGUUUAAAUGUGUGUAGAGUCAUCGCCUUGGCUGAGCCUACGUGCAACAGUGCAGGUGUAGUUCAGCUGCUGGGGCUGACUGUCAGAGGACAGCUCCAGUGGAUUAGCUUACCAGUGCGCAGAGAGGACACAAAAUUGUCCAAGGUGCCCUCCACACAGGUGGGCCGCAGCGUCAGAGACGUCCUGUCUGCGAUCGGGGAUGUUUGUGAAAGAGCAUCAACACUGAAAACUGCCAUCAAAUCCAAAAACCAAAUUCUGACACACUUGAAUCAGGUGAUCAACAUCAGCUUCCUGCUGAUAAGCAGUACAGAAAGUGAGGAGAAGUCAAUCAGAUGUCGUGCUGUGACUGAGUGGAGCAGAUUGCUUCAAAAAGACUCCCUGAACCUGACAUGCGUCCUGGAUAAUUCAAGUCCUUUCGUUUUGGAACGAGGCUGGACACUGAGCGUCACUGUGUUUCCUCUGUGCUGUUCUCCCAGUGCAGGAGGAGAAAGCUCCUCCGUGAAUUUUUCAUUCCCAUUCCAGAACCUCCAUGCAGGAGAGACGCUGCAAGUGUCACUGCCCCUUGCACCUGCAGGCGAUGCAUCCUUCCCCAUGACAGUGAGCUGCUCGCUCGUCUUCUCGCUCUCAAGCCUCCUGGGACGGGAGGCGGCAGGCCUUCUUGAUUCGCACAGUAGCUGCAUCAGUUUGCCCUUGAACGCGCUGACAGUGGAUUGGUUGCAUGCCCUGCGGGUGGACAGUCCCGUAACCAUCCAUAAAAUGGCUGCAUCUCAAUCCAGCAGCGCUGCAGUGGACACCAUCCAAGCUUGUUUAAGCUCACGCCGGAUUAGGCGGGAGGGUGGAGGACAGAGCGCCUCAGAGCCUGAGCGAGAGCAGCAGCAUUCAGCAAGCGUGCGGGUGUCCUCAGAUUUACUGAGAGAUACCCUGGUGUUGAAAAGCUCAGGUCUGGACCCUCAGGGACCAAAUGUGGCCCCUAAAAAUGUGUGCCUUUCUCUACUGGAAUGGCUGUUGUCUGAAGGUCCUGGAGGAGUGCGGACGGGACACCAAGGAGCCAAGAUCAGCAGCUCAGUGGUCCAUGCUCGAUGUCCAGAAGGACACAUAAUCAAACUGACUGCGAAAGAGGUCAGUGCGGGGGAGGAGAUCGUGGGGGAGGAGGAGUCCCCGACCACAGUGGAGGUUCAGGUUGAGAGCUCAUCUAUAGCAGCAGUGUGUGGACUGCAUCAUGCUGUGCUGCGCCGGGUGCAGAUUCUGUUGCAGAGGGCUCCUGAGAGGGCUGCUUCCACAAAGAGGCUCCAGAGUUCAUCUUUAAGACAGGCGCUGCAGCGGGCCGAGCACCUGUUGCAGCAGAUCCAGCAAAGCCGAGUGUCGGGGGCCUUCGGCGUAGGAGCCUCCGCGGGGCCGAUGACCCGAUCUCUGCUCGGGGUUUACAGAGAACUCAGAGAAAAUCCUCUCCUUAUAAUUUAAACGCUUCUUAUCCGCCGAGCCUAUGCAGCUGCCCUCGGCCUUCAGUGUUAUGUAACCUGCCUUUGCAGCUGAUUGGAAGUGACGUCCACAGUCUUUUGUAAAUGUAACCAUUGUUACCAAGCAUGGUUAUUCUCAUUUGACUCAUUAUUUUCCAUGAUUAUUUUGCUUAUUAUUCGUACUCCACAGCUCAGUAUCUAAUAGUAAUGGCCACCCACGUUGUUUUUUGUGAUUCGUGUGCUCCAGCUCAACUUUUUUAAACCAUUGCAUGUUGCACAAGGUGACCAGAGAGCUCAGGUGGAGUAAAAGUAUCUGCAAUUACAGUGCAAAUGGAAAAACUCUUAAAGCUGGGUGAAGGUCCUCCGGUUCACGGCCUCCUGAUGCUUGUGUAGGUGUAACAGUGACGUCAUGCACACGGCACUGGAGAGAAGUGCACUCAUUUACACACAACUGGCAGGUUGCAGGCUAUCGAUUAUGAACAACCAACAAAUAAAAAAGUGAGAAAUGAA